AUGCAUCUCCUGCCGCGCGAACGCGACAAGCUUCUGCUCCACCAUGCCGGCACCUUGGCGCAGAAACGCCUCGCCCGCGGCGUGAGGCUCAACCAGACCGAGGCCACCGCGCUCAUCGCCACUGUGCUCCACGAGCGCAUCCGCGACGGCCAACACUCGGUCGCCGAACUCAUGCAGCACGGCAAGACCCUCCUCGGUCGCUGCCACGUGCUUCCUGGCGUCGCCGAGCUUCUGCACGAGGUCAUGGUCGAGGGCACCUUCCUCGACGGAACCUUCCUCGUCACCGUGCACCAUCCCGUCUGCACCGAGGCGGGCGACAUUCAUGCCGCGCUCUUCUCGAGCUUCUUCCCCGCUCCUGAUCCAAGCGUGUUCCAGACGACUGCCAUCGCGCCUGCCGAUGCCGCACACGUGCUCCCGGGUGCGCUCGUCACGCAGCGAGAUGCUCCUGCGAUCCAGCUCUGCCCCAAGCGCGAGAGGGUGGUGGUCAAGGUCACCAACACGGGCGACAGGCCCAUCCAGGUCGGAUCGCACUAUCCGUUCCUCGAGGUGAAUGCCGCCAUGUCGUUCCCACGUCUGCUGGCGCUGGGCAAGCGUCUCGACAUCGCACCGGGCACAGCCAUCCGCUUCGAACCGGGCGACACCAAGAGCGUCACGCUUGUCCAGGUCGGUGGGACCAAGAUCCUCGCCGGCGGCAACAACCUCGCAACCGGUCCGCUCGACGAGUUCCUCGCCUCGGCCGAUGCCAAAGCGGCGCUGACCAAGCGCAUCCAAGCCGCUGGCUUCGCCGAUGAGCCCGUGCCGGACCUCAGCGGCGUGACGCCUCCUGCGCCGUACGAAUUGUCGCGCGAGGCGUACGCGGCGCUGUACGGCCCCACGGUGGGCGACCGCGUGCGGCUGGCAGACAGCCCGCUGUGGCUCGAGGUGGAGAAGGACUACACCGUCUACGGCGACGAGCUCAAGUUCGGCGGCGGCAAGGUGAUCCGCGACGGCAUGGGCCAGGCAUCGGGUCGGAGCGACGCGGCGGUGCUGGACGUGGUGGUGAUCAACGCGCUGAUCGUCGACUGGUGGGGAAUCGUCAAGGCGGACAUUGGCAUUCGCGCCGGCCACAUUGUGGGCAUCGGCAAGGCGGGCAAUCCAGCCAUCAUGGACGGUGUCGACCCGAACCUCGUCAUCGGCUCGUGCACCGAGGUGAUCGCGGGCGAAAAGUACAUUGUCACCGCAGGUGCGAUCGAUGCACACGUGCACUACAUCUGUCCGGACCUGCACGAGGAGGCGCUCGCCUCGGGAAUCACGACACUCAUCGGCGGCGGCACGGGUCCGACCGCCGGCUCGAGCGCCACGACGUGCACGCCGGGCCAGGACCAGCUGCGCAGCAUGAUGAUCGCCACCGACGGCGUCCCGCUCAACUUUGCCUUCACGGGCAAGGGCAACGACUCGGGCCUGCCGGGCCUCGAGGACCAGAUCAAGGCCGGCUGUGCGGGACUCAAGAUCCACGAGGACUGGGGCGCCACGCCGGCCGUCAUCGACGCAUGCCUGACCGUGUGCGACAAGUACGACGUGCAGUGCAACAUCCACACGGACACGCUCAACGAGUCGUGCUUCGUCGAAGGCACGCUUGCCGCUUUCAAGGGCCGCACGAUCCACACCUACCACUCGGAGGGCGCAGGAGGUGGGCAUGCUCCCGACAUCAUCCGCGUAUGUGGCGAGACCAACGUACUGCCAUCGUCGACCAAUCCUACGAGGCCGUAUGCGAAGAACACGCUGGAUGAGCAUCUCGACAUGCUCAUGGUGUGUCACCACCUUUCCAAGGACAUUGUCGAGGACGUGGCGUUUGCCGACUCGCGCAUCCGCGCCGAAACCGUGGCGGCCGAAGACGUGCUGCAGGACUCCGGCGCCAUCUCGAUGAUCAGCUCCGACUCCCAGGCCAUGGGUCGUAUUGGCGAGGUCGUCGCACGCACCUGGCGUACCGCCUCCAAAAUGGCCUCUCUCACCGGUCCCCUUUCCGACACCCCCUCCGGCGUUCCCAAUACCGCCGAUGCCGUACCGGAUAAUCUGCGAAUCAAGCGCUACGUGGCCAAGUACACGAUCAACCCCGCACUCGUGCACGGCAUUUCGCACCGCAUCGGCUCGAUCGAACCGGGCAAGCUUGCCGACCUGGUCUUCUAUCUCCCCGCCAACUUCGGUACACGCCCCGAGUUCGUGCUUAAAGGAGGACAGGUGGCAUGGGCACAAAUGGGCGAUGCCAACGCAUCCAUCCCCACCGUCCAGCCGAUCUACGGUCGACCCAUGCAUGGCGCAAAUGCCAAUGCGGCACCGCACAACUCGAUCCUGUUUGUCAGCCAGGUUUCGCUGGCGCAGGGGAUCGUGCAGGGGUACGGACUGCGCAAGCGCACCGAGGCGGUCAAGGGCUGCAGGAGCGUCAGCAAGAAGGACAUGAAGCUCAACACGCAUACGCCCGAUCUCAAGGUGGAUCCCGAGACGUACGAAGUCACGGAUGGCGGUAGGCUGCUCACCGUCCCGCCCGCCGAUGAGUUGCCCAUGACGCAAAGCGUGGCGCUCUUCUAA